CCAUCUCACCACAAAUCAUCUUUCCCACCAUGCGUCCUGCCCUUCCCGCCAUCUCCCGGAUCCUCUCGCGCCCUAGUACCAUCUCAGUCCGUUCCUUUGCAUCUCAACCCACCCCUUCGCCGCUCAAUUCCAACACCGCUGCGUCACCUCCUGGUGGUCCUCAAGCACCUCUCGAAUACUGUUCAGCUCUUGUCAAGAAGCUCGAUCCCGAAGCUUGGUUAUGCUCAUACUUUUGGCCCGGGAAAGAAAGGGCAUGGUGGCUGGCCUGGAGAGCUUUCAAUCUUGAGCUCCAUUCUAUCACCACCACCGUGUCACAGCCUGCUUUGGCAGCCAUCCGCUUUCAAUUCUGGCGUGACACUCUGAAGACCAUCUUUGCAACCAAUGCCUCAAGCAGCAACGUGCCGCAACAUCCUGUGGCAGUUCUACUGGCAGACAUGAAGAGGCAUAGACCGAUACAAAGAUACUAUCUCAGCCAGAUGAUUGACGCCAGGGCCAAAGCUCUAUCCCUUCCCCCAUCUUCCACCACGCUCGAAAGUCACCUGCACCUCCACUCUCCUCUAUCCUCUGCUCUCCUUCUCGGACCCCUCCCCGUCGUCCUCCCCCCUACCCAUCCCGAAUCUGCCCAUCUCGCCCACACCCUCUCUCAUCUGUCCACGCUUCUCACGGUCGUCUCCAUGCUCCGUAACUUGCCCCUCCUCGUCUCUAGCAAGAGGCAAAUAAAUCUGCCGGCGGAUCUGUGCGAGAAGCAUGGGGUGGUGGAGGAAGAGCUCCUGAGAAAGGGUGCUGAGGCAAAGGGCUUCAGGGAUGCGUGCUGGGAGGUUGGGACGAGGGGAAUGGAUGAGUUGAUCACGGCAAGGCAGGAUCUGAAGAGUACCGGGGGCAAGGUGAUCCCGAGCAGCGUCAUGCCGCUCUUUCUCUCAUCUGUCCCAGCGGAAAACUACCUCCAGAGGCUCGAGAAGCUCGACUUUGACGUCUUCCACCAAGACUUGCAAAAGUACGACUGGCAGCUCGCUCCCAAGAUUUGGUGGAGAUAUCAGACAGGUAAACUCUAGAUCGACCUUUCACAUUACAUAACACCAUUCAUCGGCAUACACACUGUAUAAUAUGCAUCAGCUUAGGCCACCUAGUUACGUAGGCAAAGACGACCUAGGAGGCAGGGAUGGGCGACUUGGGCGUGAGCUUGUCUGCCCAGAAAACACGAUUUGCCCGACUUGGCGAUUCCAAAGUUUGCCACUGUGCACCCAUCCCCGACCCGUCACUGCUGAUUGCAGCUUGCAUGGAUGGGACCAUUGCAUCAUCCUCCCCCUUGACCGUUUUCCCUUCUUUCCUCAUUUGCUCCCUCCUGGGCCAGUCCCGCAUCUCUUCCUCUCCCUUUUCGCCAUCAUCGGCCCAGAUCAGGCGGACUCCUUCAUCUUUCGCUUGAGAGGGAUUGAC